CAUAAUACAGUAUAUUUUCCAUAGUGUCUUCAUUUACUCCACAACCAGGGUUGAUCGACCCAGCAGGAGCAUCACAUAUUGGUAUAAAUCACUCAUUUCCGUUAUUGGAUGACCUACUCUAUAAAAACACGACAAGAGAAACAUAUAAUCAGCAGCUACUGAUGUGAAGAGAAAGAAAGAGGAGAGCCGCCUGCAGCUGAAUUUGUCUUGAUAAAAUCGAACCAACAAGAUCUUAAAGCUACUGAAUUUGAUGCCGUGCCAGCAAUUUUUUUCCCCCUGAUGUGCACAAAUACACAAUAUGGCUCCACGGACAGUGCUGUCUUUGAUUUUGCACAACUACUGUAUUCUUAUAGAAUGAGAUGUAAAGAACUGUGAACUGUCAAAUAUAAAACAGUAAGUACGAAAGUAUGACUUACAGAAGGUAUACUUAACUAAGAACAUUUCAGGAAACACAUAUUAACGAUAAGGUACAGGUUAAGAUUGAUGUAGCUUUAAGAAGGUUUUGGGAAACGCAGCCCUGGUACCUCGGCAGCAACACUACAUCUGAACAUUAGUACUGUGUUGGGUGUGAUAGACUCAUCUCAGUUACUGAAUCUCAGUGUCGUAGGGCGCAUCUCUCCUGCUUCACGGAGCUGUGGUGAGCAGCGCACUAAUAGCGUGAGCAUAUAAUGCUAGUCACAGAAAAAUAACAACAUUUCUGUAAAAUAUACAGUGCACUCAGAAAGUAUUCAGGUCCUUUCAUUUCUUCACAUUCUGUUAUUGUUGCAGCCUUAUUCAGCCGUCUACACUCCAAACUCCAUCAUGACAGCAGAAAAACCAGAACCAGAAAAAGAUAAAUGAAAUAGACCAUUUUCUCUGACACUUGAAAUCUAGCACAGGUAGUGGUGAUGGCGACAGACAGAGGUAUAGUGGAAGACUGGCUCUCCGAAUUCAAGGCAUUGUCUGAAACGCAGAUGUCUGGUUACGCUGGAGUCCUCGAUCAGAAGAAUACACUGGUGCCAGCUCUCUACAGCAUCAUCCAGGACCCUGACAGUGAGCUGUUGGAGCCGGUGUGCCAUCAGCUGUUUGAGCUGUACCGCAGCUCAGAGGACUGUCUGCGCCGCUUCACACUGCAGUUCCUGCCCGAGCUACUGUGGGUUUACCUGCGCAGAGACAGACACAGCAGCGGCUGCAUCGAGGCUCUUCUGCUGGGCAUUUACAACCUGGAAAUUGUGGAUAAAGAUGGAAAUGGCAAGCUGUUUUCGUUCCUGAUCCCAUCCCUGUCCAAGCCAUCCAUAUAUCAUGAGCCAUCCAGUCUGGGCUCCAUGGCUUUGACUGAGGGCGCUCUCUGUCAGCACGACCUGAUCAGAGUGAUCUACAGCGGCCUGCACCCACAGAGAGAGACCUUCACUGCCCAGAACAGGUUUGAGGUGCUGUGUUUCCUGAUGCUGUGCUAUAACUCGCUGGUGGUCUACAUGCCCCACUCAUCACACCGGGCCGUCUGCAGGAUGAGCUCACGGCUGUGCGUGAGCGGCUUUCCCCGUCAGCAGCUGAAGGCCUGGACCACUCCCUGCAUGCGUGUGCUGUUGGAGCCCCAGUUCAUGGUGCAGAUGCUGGCUGCUGUCUAUCAUGCCAUAUAUAACGGCGAGUGGGAUGCUGGGAGAGAGGCUUUGGAUGACAUCCUGUACAGAGCUCAGCUGGAGCUGUAUUCAGAGCCACUGCUGCUGGGCAAUGCGAUGAAGAGCUCUCUGCCUGGCAGCGCUCCAGAUGGAUCUCAGGGGAGGAAGGUCCUGCAGGUGGAGGUCACUUCCAGCAUCAGAAGGAUCUCCCGCUGCACCAUCACUGCCGCAUCCAUCCGCAGACUGCGCUGGAAGAGAGAGGAUGCAGACCAGCUGAGCAGGGAGGAGGACUCCUCUGGCCUGAACGAUGCGGAUGAGGGCUUCUCGUCUGGCGCGUCCAGCAGCAGCCAGCCCAGCGGUGUGCGUGGGAGGAAGAGCCGCCCGUCCGCUCGCAGGACCUCCAGCACCUCUCUGGACUGCAGGGCAGGGCUGGGCUCCGGUGCCGAGGCUCGAAGAUACUCCAUCCUCAGCCUGCAGGAGCAGCAUCUGCCGGAAGAGACGGAGCUGCUUUCUCCUGGAAAACAGAGCAGAUCACCCAGCUUCAACAUGCAAAUUAUCUCACAGGUCUAGAAUCGGCUGCCUCGUUCUUGACAGAAGAAUUAUACCCCAAAAGCAGGAACUGUCGUUACUUACUCAUGUCAUUUCAACCCUGUAUUAUUCUCAUGAAACGUAAAAGCGGUCCAAGCCAGGAUGGUGGGUGGUGAUUCAUACUGCCACUCAGUGAACACUGUACCAACUUCACACCAGUCAAUAUUACUUUUACUUCCAUUUCUACACUCAGUUUGUAUAAGAACAAAGUGAAAUGUAAGCAGUUAUCUCCAACUCCAACUUUAUUUAUAAAGCACCUAAUAAAACAACUAAGUUGACCAAAGUGCUGUACAGUAAGUUCCAUUAAUAAAUAAAUAAAUAAUAAUAAAAAAAAAUCAAUACACAACAUACAGAACAGACCCAAAAGGGUAACUACAGCAACAAUACCUCAGCACUCAUUCCUGAUCAAAGGCUAAUGAAAAAAAAAUGUUUUUAACUGCUUCUUAAAUUCAUUCAGAGAAGAUAAUUAUCGCAAAAACACUGGCAAACUGUUCCAAAGCCUUGGUGCAGCUACCGAAAAUGUGCGGUCAACUCUGAAUUUUAAUUUUGAUCGAGGAACAUGUAGGAGAUUUUGUCCUUUAGAUCGUAAUGAUCUCUUUGACUCUUGAACAUGAAUAAGAUCAGCAAUGUAUGGAGGGGCUAAAAAUUAAAAAUGAAAAUCUUAAAAUUAAUUCUAUAAGUUACUGUUAAUCAAUGCCAUGAUCUCAAAACAGGGGUAAUGUGGUCAUACUUCCGUGUACCUCUCAGUAGUCUUGCGGCUGAAUUUUGAACCAUUUGUAAUCUGCUGUUCAAAAGUUUUGUUUGAGUACCGUAAUAAAGUGACCUGCAGUAAUCUAAUCGACUCAAAAAGUUAGCAUACAUCCAAGACUUCACCUCAUCUACACAGGCCAACAGACGCCCCAAGGCACUAAAAGAAUUUGGGUUAAAAGACAAAUACAACUGAGUGUCAUCAGCAUAAGAAUGAAAUGACACACCAUGUUUAUCCAAAAUCAAUCCUAAUGGUAGCAUAUACAGAGAAAGGAAAAAAGGUGCUAAAAUAGAGCCUUGCGGGACACCACAAGAAAUGGGUGCCAGUUAUUCACUCAAACUCUCUCUAAUAUAGCUCAAGUCACAUCAAAUGCUCUUUUCCCAUUUCACACAGCCCAGCAUGAUUCAUUUAACUCUUUUCAGACAAGAUGCCAGCCACUGCCAGCAUUUUUGAUAAUUCACAAAAUUCUCAUGGCCCCAGAAUAUUUAGUUGCAUGAAUAUCUGAACAUGCAAUAGAUCAAAAGAAAGAGUCUUUGCUUCUACCAAACAAACAUAAAGGUUUUAUUCUACCUUCAUGCAUUGUUUUUUUAAUCUACACUCAAAUGUAGUUAUGUUUUAAAAAAAAGCAACAUUUAGAUCAAGAAUCUGAGAAAAUGGCGUUUAAUCAAUGACUACAUCCAGAUCACAUUCAGUACUGAGUUCACUUUAGGUGGUUUUGAAUUAUAUGCUUAUUUGAUGGUUGAAACUUUUAUACCACCCCCUAACUGUAUAACAGUGAAAACACAGAAUGGCGGAAAAUUUCAUCAAUGGUGGGGAAAGAGUUGAAAGCAUGACCAGGCAAAAAAGAACGUGAUCAGUCAGUAAAGGCUUUAAUGGCUGUGUUUCUCACACGGGGCUGCUGCGGUCGUAUAGAAUGAUUUAAUGGGGCUCUCUGGAAAGGAAAGAGAGAAAGAAAUCAUACAGGACUGAAAUGACACAAGAGUAAAUAAUGAUGGUUUUGAUUUGAUGGUUUCCAUUGUUGGCUGAACUAAUCUUUUAAAAGUUGAAGUGACAGCUGGCCUGGCAGUGAUCUAACCGUCUCUCUCUCAGACCAAAUCUGAGCCGGACCGACAUGUGCGAAUCGAACAUUGUGAAUUUUCUGAUGACAGUCAGCAAUAAAUCAUCCCUAGUCCUCCAGAAGAUUUGAAUGUGUUACUGCAGUGUCUAAUGCGGCCCUCUGAUUUGGAUCAAAUUUCAUAUAAAUAUUUGUUUUUAUGGCAGUGUUUUGAGGUUUUUCAUGGUUAUGUUCUUAAGAUUAUUCUGACGGAAAUUAUCAGACGCCCUAAUGACUCUGAUCUUGGCAGACUCUCUGAGAAAGGGACAGUCAACAUAUAAAUUGAUAUAUUUAUGUGAUAUGCUUGUGUGUGAAUAAUAUAAAAUACAAUCCCGUCAGAAGACAACAUGCUGUAGAUGUGGCGAGUAGUCUUGUAUUUUGCAGACGCUUUAAUCCAAAGCCAUCCUUGAAAGGUUUCAGUGCUGCUCGUGGCAUAGAGGUUCAUGAAUGGGAUGAGCAUUUAUCGGCCGUCAGCCUCACACUAUCACAACAGUGUCCAUAGAGCUGGUCUGCAGGUCAGGCUGUGCUGAGGCUGAGCUUUGCUAACAUGGGAACAGACAUUAGUGAUUUUAUAGAUGGUCACAAAAGCCUGUAAUAUGAUUAAAGAUCAGCAGUGUGUCAGUGUGUUUUGUCCAGCCUGGAUCGAAGGCUCUCAUACAGAUAUAGAUACAAAACAACAAACCACCCUAUGGAGACCAACAGAAGCUGUCGUGUGCUGUUGUGUUGUCAUGUGAAUUAUAUCUGCUGUAUUUGUUUGCUGACUAUCUCUGGUCAUAAUGUGACAUUAUUGUGUGUGUGUGUGGGUGGGUGGGUGUGUGUUCUGUCUAUGUGCUUGAGUAUUUCAGCACAAAAGUGGAUCUGUGUCCUGUAUUUCACUGUUUCACAGCCCAAAGUCCAUUCCAGCCAUUUUAGUCAGGGAUGUUUUUCUCUGAUUGUGCUUUGUUUUGUUUUGCUUUUUUUUUAAUGCACACAGCUGUAAUGUGUCUGUUAAUGUCAUUCUGUCUCAUUUUGAUAUGUCUCCGCUGAGUAAAGUUGUUGUGUGCUGUGAUCAAAGCUCCAGAAGAGUUCCUGAACUGAACACUGAACUGCCUCUGCUAGAAAAAGAAAAUGUGAGAUUAUACUGUGAAUAAAAGUGGUUAGUCAUGUA